CGAUGAAUUUCAAAAAUUUUGUUGUAAUUUGGACAAUAUUUUUUGUUGCUUUUCGCUCCUGUUCUGCAAGAAGAGCAAAAAUUCAUAGACUUGAAAAAUUAAAUGUAAACCCAAAUCUUGUAACGAUUUCCGGAUUUUCGUCUGGAGCUGCACAAGCAAUGCAAUUCCAUAUUGCCCAUUCGUCUAAAUUACUUGGAGUAGGAAUUUUUUCCGGAGUUCCCUACAUGUACGGGCACGAUCGGUCACGGGAGGACUUUUUUGUAACCGACCCUGGCAACUUCAAUAUCAGCUUGGCCACUGAUUUUGCCAAAAACUAUGAGAAAGAACACCUCAUUGACCCUCUACACCAUUUGAACAAUAGUCGCGUGUACAUCUACCAUGGGACCAAAGACUCGACUGUGUACCAUGGUUGUGGUCGAGCGAUAGAAACCAUUUACUCGAACUUGAGUCGCUCAAUAAUUUCGAAAUUAGAUGCAUUACCAGCAGAACAUGGAAUGGCAAGUGAUAAUUCUGGGGGACCAUGCGGGAUGGUGAACGUGGGCCAGUAUCUCGUCAACAAUUGCAAAUACAGUGGAGUUUACGAGAUGUUCAAUCACUUGUACGGUGAGGACGCGCUAGUCAAGCCGAAUGGAACCAUGGGAACCGUUCCAUUGCGAGGUCGCUUUUAUGAAUUCGACCAGUCCGAGUUUUUUGACAAGAAAGGUUUCUUUUCGAAAUCGGCUGGUAUGGACGACGUGGGUUUUGCCUACAUUCCAUCGAGAUGCUCAGUCCCGGAAAAAGAUGUCAUUGAUGAUAAUUCAACAGCUAUAUAUAAACCUUACUGUAAACUUGCAAUUGCUUUGCACGGAUGUACACAAACAAGACAAACUUAUGGGGACAAGUUUCCAAGAACCACAGGAUACUUGGAAGUUGCCGAACUAAAUGACAUAAUAGUAAUCUUUCCUCAAACAAAGCGUUCCGUGUACAAUCCACGGAAUUUAUCCGGGUGCUGGGACUGGAUGGGGUUCACUGGAAAGCAAUAUGGUACGCAAAAUGGAUUGCAAAUUAAAGUAAUUCGAAAAAUACUUUCUCGCGCAUUAGGAGAAGAUACUUUGUAAUCACUAAUAAUUCCUGUAUAGCCAACCAAUAAUAUUUAAAUGUGUUGAAUAAAUAAUGUAAACCUAC